UUGUAGAAUGAUUGGAAGUGUGUACGCUUCAUGUAUGUUGUCAUAAAGUUUACGUUCACUCAUUUCGUUCAUGGAGAUGUGUUUUGAAACAGAUGGAAGCAAACUCAUGACAUUUUAAACAAAAUUUAAAGACAAUUAAAAUUACUUGAAACUUUUCCAGUAUGGGUAUUCUUUUGGCAAAAUUGUGGAGUUUAUUUUCCAAUGAAGAACACAAAGUCGUCAUUGUGGGUCUGGACAAUGCUGGCAAAACAACAAUUCUCUACCAGUUUUUAUUAGAUGAAGUUGUGCACACAUCUCCUACAAUAGGAAGCAAUGUAGAAGAAGUUGUAUGGAAGAAUAUUCAUUUUAUAAUGUGGGAUUUAGGAGGACAAGAUUCCCUAAGAGCUGCUUGGAAUACUUACUAUAGUAAUACAGAAUUUCUCAUUGUUGUAGUUGAUAGCACUGACAGAGAAAGGUUGUCAAUAACUAAAGAAGAAUUAUAUAGAAUGCUUGCACAUGAAGAUUUAACAAAAUCUGCAGUUUUAAUUUAUGCAAAUAAACAGGACAUCAAAGGUUGUAUGUCUCCUGCUGAAAUAUCAGAACAAUUGAAUUUAACCUCUCUAAAAAAACAUAGGUGGCAUAUUCAAGCUUGUUGUGCUCUUUCAGGAGAAGGACUUUAUCAAGGACUGGAAUGGAUUUAUUCUAACUUAAAAAAUCGAAAAUGACAGCAGUUUUUAUCAUAGUGCCUAAAAUAUCUUCCAUUUGGUCAAUACCCAAAGUGACUUAGAAUUUCUCAUACAAGUGGGGGUAUUAGUCAGCUUUUUUUACAUUUACUUCCCAAUUUUGUGAUUUCUAUCAUGAUGAAGUAUAAUCAUUGGAUGAGACUAUAAGAAGUGGACAAUGAUAUGAAUUGUUUUUAAAAAAUAUCACAUUUUAAUUUUUUCCCCCUCUAAUUUGUCAUGCAAGAGUUCUAAAGAGAAGCUUUCAUGAACAAGAGUUUUCCUUUGUGUAUUUAUAAAUUAUGAGUGAGAUGGUUUCAAUUUUCCCUCAUUUUUCAAAUUGUAUUUUGUGUUUCCACAUCAUGAUUCAAAGAAUAUAUCUAUGCAAUUUCCAAGGUUCCUGUUCACAAAACGAAGAGCACAUGCAAUAAAACUGCAUUUAAGUUAAUAUACUGAAUUGUUUUCUUAUGAAAUGAUGAUAAACUUUUGAAUAAUAAAUCCAAAUUGUAUUUUGUAAUUUUACCUUAAAAAAUGCCAAUGAUUCUUUUUUAAAUGUACUGAAAGAUUCAUAUUUGGACAGUAUCCCUUUCCUUGCCUUUCAUUAAAUAACUUAUGAAUGUAUAUUUUUCAUAAGAUUAAUUUUAAUAAAUAGCAUUUCUGUAUGAAGCUUGCUAAUGACAUUGCUACUUCUGCAUUUUACAGUAUAUGCUGUGUCUACACUACCAGUACUAAACCCUAAUUUCAAUUUAAAAUCAGAUAAGAUAAUAUUUAAAAUUUUGAAUGCAAGCUAAAAAUUCACUUGCGAUACCAAUCUUUGGGCCGAACUAUAUUUCUAAAUAGUAUGAAUUGUUUUAUUUACUUUAAAAAUUGAAUGUAAUAUUUAUUUGCUUCCCACAUAUGAAUUUUUCAAUGAAAAAAUAUUUUUUAUUACUGCUCAUGCAAAUACUCAUAUAUAAUUAUUAACAUCACACAUUGUAUCAUAAACUGACAAAGCAAAUGGCCGGACAAAGCUGACAUUCCUGAUUACUAAAACUGCUUGCUGAAUAUUGUUUCAUGACAAGUUAUGUAACAGUUGUAAAAACAAUUGCUUUCACAUUGACUUGAUAAAUUUUUAUCUCAUGUUCAUAAUCAUCUUAUACAUACUAUCAUACUCAGAAUAAUUAUGGAUUUAUAAUCAAAUCUGAUUGUGCAUGUAUAUACUAUUUUUCAAAUAUAAUUUUUAAUUAAGUGUUGUCCUUUUUGUAUAAAAAGUAUCCUUUAGAAUUUAAAUAAAAUAUAAAAAUUCUAAUUGUAUGAAGUUAAAGCAUGUAGUUAUUAGUAAUUACUUAAUAAAUAUAUUUUUCUAUUAUCA